AUGUCGCUACCCACAUCUCAACUAAGGGCGCGAAUCAGCCUUCAAUGCACAAGGGCGCGAAUCAGCCUUCAAUGCACAGCGGCUCGCCCUCAUGUGAUUGCGCGUGUUGGUGCAAAAGCUGCCACCCCGCCGCCUGCACAUCAGCGUGGCAAACUUCUGACGCUGCAGUUUGAAACACAAGGAGCCAGUAGAGCUGUUUCGCACUAUUAUCGCGAUCUAAACAUCGGAGCGCAACCUGAUGAACUGACUGCACCUACGAAGACAUACUCAUCGUUGCAUGCCUUCAGAAAAAUCACCACAAAUACCAGCGCCUCACAGGGGUCGCACAUAUCCACCAGUGCGCCUUUCCUGGUUCCUUCUACGAAGCGGCGGCAUGAGGUUGUCAUCGCUUCACCGUACGCAUAUAAUACAGGCUGCCCACAACCCGGUAGUCCGAGUCGGCACUCUGCAGUCACGCGGAUUAGUAGUGAAUAUGGCCUUGUUGUACGCGAAAGAAGACACGCGGUUCCCGCAAGAACAAACGACAAUGGCAACUCCAGCAGCAGGAGCCGGUACCCACGGCGUAUCACGAGUACAUUCACGGCCAAGCUGAAUCCUGUGCUGGAGAGCCUGGUUGUAGAAAUACUCCUCGAGCUUCCGGAAGACCCAGCAACUUUCAUGAUUACAAAGCUAUGUCAGAAAGUGGGUCUCCCAGAUCCAGUAGCAGGCGCGGCUGGGCGCAAAAAUGAAGCGGAGGAGCUCAAGGUGGAGAUCUGUUUGCUCCGCGAGCAGAUAAAGGAGUUGCAGAAGUCCAGGGCAUCGCUACCCUCCACAAACCAGGGUGAUUCUGAUGAGUCAGACGAUGAUCAUGAUGAGGACACAGUCGACGAUGACGAGGUGGAUUUUAGCAAAUUCAAAAGUCUUAACAAAAUGCGGUGCUCUGUGUCUGCGGAAGUCUAUGGAGAGUGGAAUAAAAAGAGAAACUUCGUUGCUCCAGUGUACGCGAAAGACGAUGAACAGAAAAAGCGUCUGGAGAACAUCCUCAAACAGUCUUUUCUCUUCCGUAACUUGGAUGAGAACGAUCUAAACACCGUAAUAGACGCUAUGCAGGAAAAGAAAAUUGAUGCGGAUACGCAGUUGAUCGUGGAGGGAGACGACGGGGACGCUUUGUCUGUGGUAGAAGCAGGAGAACUGCGUUGUUCGAAGAAAAUUGACGGAGAGGACAAAGUUGUGAAAACCGUGGGAGUGGGCGAUACUUUUGGAGAGCUGGCCCUGCUCUACAACGCUCCACGUGCUGCUACAGUAACCAGCUCGACCGCAUGUCAACUUUGGGAACUGGGGAGAGACACCUUCAAUGCCAUAGUCAAAGUUGCCGCCAACAAACGCAGGGAAAUGUACGACUCGUUUCUGAAGAAAGUCCACCUUCUCGAGUCUAUGGACGUCUACGAGCGUGGGAAACUCGCAGACGCUCUUCGUACGGAAAUCUUCACCGACGGUGCAUACAUCGUGCGUCAGGGAGAACCUGGAGAUACAUUUUACAUAAUAGAAGAAGGCCAAGCUGUAGCCACGAAAUCUUUCGGACCGACGGACCCGCCAAUUGAAGUCAUGAAAUACGGGCCUGGCGACUACUUUGGAGAACUCGCGCUCAUCACGGGAGACCCACGCGCAGCUAACGUGACCGCGUGCGGCACAUGCAAGCUUGUUUCUCUAGAAAGGAAAUCAUUCAAGAGGUUGAUGGGAUCCGUGCAAGAACUGCUCAGCAAAAAAGCAUCUGAAUACCAAAAGUAG